CGGAUGAGAAACUGCUUCCAUCUGCAAACCCAGGGAGAGGAGGGUUGUCUCGACUUAGUCACCGGCGGUAAGGCACAUCCUGUUUGCGUUACUGCACCGGUCAUCAUCAUUCCAACUGGUAGAGGAGGAGAGCGAACGUGCGCGCAGAGCAGCAGCACCUGACUGAUCGUGGAUACCUCAAUUGUAUUUGCAAUUCUUCAACUAACAGUUGCCAUCGGUACUUGCUUAAGAAGGAAUAUAAAAAGAAGUCAAGUGGGAUUCUUUUUUAUUUUUAUUUUUGGUUGGUUCAAUUCUGGGAGAGGACUUUGGCAAGAAGGACCUUGUGUCUGGAGUGCUAGUAGGACACAGACUCUUGUUGGAUGUUGAUUGUUUGUCAAAGUGAAGAAGUGACAGCGUUCGACCGCUGUUGGGAUCAUCACUGGACAGCCGGUGUCGUGUCUGAAAGUCUUCGAAGCCAUAAAGACAGUUUUGGGUCUACUGCCUGCAGCCAUGAGCAAGACUAGUUCAGUGGCUAUGAGGCUAUGAAAUUACUAAGGUCCACAUAGAGAGGGAGAAAGAGAGGCAACGUACAACUUUGUGAUGAAUUUCCACAUGGGAAGUCAAAUCUGGUGAGGUCUGCAACCCUUGUCCUCCUGACCCCAACCCCUCAACCCCUUUAGAGACUAUACCAGAUUAUCUCUGGACCUUAAUACUCAUCAGAGGGCUGUGAACAGGAAGGCCCAGAGGAAGUGGAGAGUGUGGGCAGGAUGAGGGAGGGACUUAGACUGCAGGUGUUCUUCUUGUGUUUGGGAGCUGCACUAUGGACAACAGCAGCAGCAACAUACAGGGGCUCAGGUCCACGAGAGCACGGCCAUCGGCGUCAUCUCUCCUUACACAGACAGAGAGAGAGGGGCAAAGAGGGCCAGGUGCUUCACCGCUCCAAACGAGGUUGGGUCUGGAACCAGUUCUUUGUCAUAGAGGAGUACACAGGCCCAGAUCCCGUCUUAGUAGGUCGGCUUCAUUCGGACGUCGAUUCAGGAGAUGGAAAUAUUAAAUACAUUCUCUCAGGCGAGGGAGCAGGCACUAUUUUUGUCAUUGAUGACAAAACCGGCAACAUUCAUGCCACAAAGACUUUGGAUAGAGAAGAACAGGCCCAGUACACCCUAACUGCCCAGGCUGUGGCCAGAGAUACCAACAAACCUCUGGAGCCUCCCUCAGAAUUUAUUGUCAAGGUGCAGGACAUCAACGACAAUCCUCCAGAGUUCCUUCAUGGCCCUUACUAUGCACGUGUGGCUGAGAUGUCAAACGUUGGUACGUCAGUUAUAAAGGUCACUGCUACAGAUGCAGAUGACCCCACAUACGGCAACAGCGCCAGGCUUGUGUACAGCAUCCUACAGGGCCAGCCUUAUUUUUCUGUGGAACCACAAACAGGAAUAAUCCGAACAGCUCUUCCCAACAUGGACAGAGAGGCCAGGCAGGAAUAUGAUGUUGUCAUCCAGGCCAAGGACAUGGGUGGACACAUGGGUGGGUUGUCAGGAACCACUCAGGUUAAAAUCACCCUGACCGAUGUCAAUGACAACCCUCCUAAGUUUGCUCAGGGUGUGUAUGCCAUGUCAGUCUCCGAGGAUAAGGUUCCUGGUGAGGAGGUUGGCCGAUUGAAGGCCAGAGAUCCAGAUCUGGCGGAGAACGGACUGGUGGAUUAUCGCAUUUUGGAUGGAGACGGCGUGAACUUCUUUGAGAUCACGAAGGACUCUGAGACCCAAGAGGCUGUCUUCAAACUGAAGAAGCCUGUGGACUUUGAGACCAAGCGAUCAUACACACUGAAGGUUGAAGCCUCCAACCCACAUGUGGAUGCCCGUUUCAUUGCCUGGGGUCCAUACAAAGAUACUACCAUUGUGAAAAUAGCAGUAGAAGAUGCAGACGAGCCCCCAAACUUCAUGGCUCCUAGCUACAACUUUGAGGUGGAGGAGAACACCCCAGAUGGCACGCUGGUUGGCCGUGUGCAUGCCAAAGACACUGAUAUCGCAAACAGCCCAGUAAGAUAUAUGAUCCCACGUUACACAGACUUGGAAGAGUUCUUCACUAUUAAUCCAGAGGAUGGCACUAUAAAGACCUCAAGACCCUUGGAUCGGGAAGCACAGGCUUGGCACAACAUCUCUGUCAGUGCUACAGAGAUUGGUGGCCAUCACCAAGACGCAAAAGUACGAGUCAAUAUCAAAGUCAAAGAUGUGAAUGACAACGCCCCAGAAUUUGUAACUCAAAGUGAAGUGUUUGUGUGUGAGAAUGUCAGCCCUGGCAAACUCAUUGAGACAGUUAGUGCUGUGGAUAAGGACGAAAUGGCCCACCGCCAACACUUUCAUUUCAGAUUGGCCCCUGAUGUUGUCAACAACCACAGUUUCUCCCUGAAGGACAAUAGAGACAGCACCGCUAGCAUAUAUGUUAUGCGGAAGGGCUUCAGCAGAAUGACCCAGGAUGUAUACCACCUUCCUAUCGAGAUCAACGACAACGGUGUACCCCCCAUGAGCAGCAUCAAUACCCUUAUAAUCCGUGUAUGCAGCUGUGACAGCAAAGACACCAUCCUCUCUUGUAACGUGGAACCUUUUAUCCUGACGGCAGGGCUUAGCACCGGUGCCCUGAUUGCCAUCUUGGCCUGUAUUGUUAUUCUACUGGCGAUUGUGGUGCUGUUCGUCGCCCUGCGCCGCCAGAAGAAGGAGCCUUUGAUCAUAUUUGAGGAGGAAGACAUUAGAGAAAACAUCAUCACCUACGAUGAUGAAGGAGGUGGAGAGGAGGACACAGAGGCAUUUGACAUCGCCACCUUACAGAACCCAGACGGUGCCAACGGCUUCCUGCCCCGGAAGGACAUCAAGCCCGAGCUGCAAUAUCCCAUGCGCCCUGGUCUGAGGCCUGUCGCUAACAGCGUGGACGUGGACGAUUUCAUCAAAACACGGAUUACCGAUGCGGACAAUGACCCCACGGCGCCACCGUAUGACUCCAUUCAGAUCUAUGGUUAUGAAGGCAGAGGCUCUAUUGCUGGCUCUCUCAGUUCCUUGGAGUCAGUGACCACAGAUUCAGACCUGGACUAUGAUUACCUCCAAAGCUGGGGGCCACGUUUCAAGAAACUUGCUGAUCUUUAUGGCAGCAAAGACUCGGAAGAUGACAACUCUUAACGUUCACUCAAAUAAAUCCUUUUACAUCUCCCUCUGCCCUGCCCUCCUCCACUAACUGUGUGUUCUUUGUGAAGUUUACUAUAAGUAUUCCUUGAGUUUAUCAAUUUAUAGUAAACUUUAGGUUGUUUGUUGUUUCAAGUAUACGUCCAGUAUACUAGAUGCUGAGAGGGUCGUAUGAUCACGAUGUGCUUCAGGGGAGCCAGAAGGGUAGACAUUAAAAUGUUAUCAAAAAAAAAAUAAAAAUAAAAAAAAGAUAAAAGAGACACCUCUGUGGGAUGUUUUGGUGUGUAGGAAUCAAGAAAUAUGUGACAAUGUUAAAAACUGAAGAACAUUACUAUUCACUUUUGAUGUUUGUAGGUUCCUGCAAGUUUGAAGUUAUGGAUGUGGAUCACAGAGAGACAUGGAUUUGUUGAUACUGUGAAUGAGCUCAUGGAGGGAAAAAAAACAAAAAAACAAUUGCCUUAUGAAAAAAUCUGGAGAAAACAAAUUAAGGCUUUUACGUUCUGUAGCACCUCCAUGUUGUCUUUGGAGAUGUUGUCCAAACAGGCCCUCCUGUUUUUUUUUUUUUUUUUUUUUAUAUCUGGAAGCAGAUGGAUCCAGCAAAAAUAGAAUUAUCUGUUGUGUUUCUGUCAUCUCAGAAAAAAAAAAAAAAAAAAAAAAAAAAAAGAAGAAAAAAGAGGGAAAAAAGAAAAGAAAAGAAAAUCCUUUGGCCUAGUUCUAUCGAUGAACAAUCACAAAGAAAGACCUGUGAGCUCAAAAAUCGCCUUAACUAAAUGGACACUCUUGCAACACAGUGCAUUUUUUGUAACUUGAAAGCUAUAUCCUAAAGCAAGCUAAAGUCCUUAUAACAUAUGUACAGUACAAUGUGCAAAAUAUGUCUCUUGAGGAUCAAUCUUACACCUAUCGAUUUAUGUAAAUCUUUCUCUUUUUUUCAUUAUGCUGAAAUCAUUAUUUUCAGUUUUCUUCAUUUCUAAUUUUCUUUAAUGGCUUUUGUUAUUCUCCUUUGUGAGAAAAUAGUCUGUCCUGCCGCAGUGAGAAAUGGCAAAUUUUUAUGUUGAUUUUAUGGUAACUAUUUGUACAAUUUUAAAAGUUAUUAUUUUAGUAUACAUACAAAUAUCAGUAUUUCAGCAUGUAAAGAAAAAAUUACAGCAUCACACUUAUAUUUUAUGAACAUUGUACUGUUGCUUUAUUAUGUGCUUCAAUCUGUGAAGCAAAAACCUUUGAAAUAAAUGCUCUUUUUAUAAAAUGAUUGAUGGCGGUAAUAAAUGUGUAA